AUGGAAUCGAAGCCAUUUGAAGUCACAGCCCUAGGAAGGCCUCUGUUUCCUGCUAUGCUGUAUUGUUGCCGUAAGGAUUCCUUCAUUCCAGGUGUUACUUUGUGGGAUAAGAAAUCAUUGAGUGAAGAUUUGGACAGUCAUCAUCAGCUCCUGACAGAUUUGAAGUUCAGUAGCUCUGAUUCUCUCUCUAGUAAGUCUAGUCUCCUGGAUGUAAGUGCUUCCCUGAAGGCCAGCUUCCUAGGGGGGCUGGUGGAGGUAGGAGGAUCUGCUAAAUACCUGUGUGACACCAAAUCCUCACACCAACAGUCCAGAGUUACUAUGUAUUAUAGCGAAACCUCCAGAUUCGACCAGCUCACAAUGACAAAGCUUGGCCAUAUCAUCUAUCCUCAGGUGUUUCACCAGAAAACUGCUACUCAUGUGGUCACAGCUGUUCUGUACGGAGCUCAGGCAUUCAUGGUGUUUGAUCAGAUGUCUUCAAAAGAUGAAAAAAAGCAAGAGAUCCAGGGACAACUGGAUGUCAUGGUCAGGAAGCUUCCUGGAUUUUCUAUCGAGGGACAAGGAUCUGUAAAAAUGACAGAAGAUGAAAAGAAAAUCACUGAGAAUAUCACCUGCAUAUUUCAUGGUGACUUCCAUCUUGAGCAGAACCCUACCACAUACAUGGAAGCCCUGAAUUUGUACAAGCUGCUCCCAACUCUGCUAAAGGAGAAUCCACAGAAUGCAGUUCCAAUAAAAGUCUGGCUAUACCCUCUUCAUUUACUGGACAUAAAAGCUGCUCAGUUAGAGAGAGAAAUCAGCACAAGUUUGAUUUCCAACAUUGAAGAUAUAAUGGAGGAGCUGGGAGAGGUAGAGAGGACAUGCAACGACCUGUCCAGAAUAACAAUGGUAAAUGCUUUUAGUGACACUGAAGAGAGGCUGCAUUCAUUUCAGGACUCAUUUAGCAUCUACAAGACAGUGCUCCAGAAAGCAGUUGCCAGGGUCUUGCCUGCUAUUCGAGGAGGAGGGGAGAAGGAGCAGUCACUGGAAGACAUCCUGAAGAACCACUACAGCUCCCCUUUUAAUGCUGACAAGCUUAACCAGUGGUUACAUGAUGCAAAAUCUGAACUUCACCUCUUGAAUUCUCACACAAAGACACUGGAGAAGAUUGGAAUUGAAGAUUCAGAUGGUUUGAACACCAUCCUCCUUGAUCCUGAUAUUGAUGUGGUGGUGUGCUUGACCUUUACAUCUCUGAAGUAUGAAGACCCAUAUCUUUCAACCCUGAAAAAGUUCCUGACAUCUGACAAGUUUAAAGAGCUAGAUGGAAACAAAUAUGAACUUUCUGUGGCAUCUGACAAAAAAUGGUUCAAUAAUCCUGACGUCAUAAAAACGAUGAGAGAGAACUUAUCUCACUUCAGAGGCUUUUUUUUAGAGGCCAAUAAAGAUGAAAAAAGAAUCAGCUUCAUUAUUUCUGCUGUCUCUGAUCCUUCCAAUCCAGGCUCCUCUAUCUAUUUGUACGAAAAAGGGAAACUGACAGAUGCACAGUUCGAGCCUGUGUCCAAACCACCACUACCAUUAGUGAAGAAUGUCCUGGAGCAAACUGUGUCCCUGAAACUGCAGAAGUAUCCAAGUGGAGAAACAGUGCAGUACAGAGUAGAAUACAAGGAGGUAAAAGCAGAUUCUGGAGCUGAGAAAGGGAAAGAGUGGCUUUUCAUAUACACAGAUCAUGAAGAUUUUACUCUGACUGAAUUGGAAUCUGGAAAGGAGUACAUGAUCCGCUACAGAGUAGUGGGUAAAGUGGGAGUGAGUGAACCCAGUGAUACUGUCAGCACCAGACCGUCUUCAGCACAAGAUGUUGUGGGUGGGAAAGGAGGUGAUGAAUUCUCCUUUAAGUCCUUUUCCAGCAGCAUUUGGAAGAUCAGCAUUACGUACAGUGAGAUGACACUGAACACAAUCCAGGUGUUUUUCAGCAAUGGACACAUGGUGAAAGUUGGUAAUGUAGCAGGAUCAAAAGAACAAACAUUUCAGCUUAAAGAAAAUGAUAAAAUUGUCUCUGCAACAUUGUGGCCAAAUCAUCUUCUUAACAGAUGUGGGGGUUUGGAAUUUGUGAUUGCCAAUAACAAUAGUGAAAAAAUGUCAUUAUCUGUUAAGUGUGAACUGCUGGGUGAGCCUGUGAGAGUUGAUGUGAAGUCUGGAAAGUGUUAUGGCAUUAAGGGGAGAAGUGGACAUGAAAUUGAUGCUCUGGGUUUCUACUUCAUUUAG